UUCUCCUGCUGCAAUUCAACUUGGCUGGGGGCCGGUAGUGAGAUCUAGGGCUACUUCAACAAAACUUUGCUGCCCUUCCUGCUCCUCUUGUCUUCUUUUCUCCUGAUACCUUUUGAUGCUCUUCACAUGUUAUUUGCAUAGCAAAGGCACUAAGCUGUCCAGGAAGAGAGGGCACCACUUCCACCCCAAUAAGUCUUUUUUUUCCCUUCCUUUCUCUUUUUCCUUUCCUUUUUUUUGGAGGGGGGGGCGAGAGAGAAAGAGGGUUUGCAAAGGCAGCAUCUCAGGAUGAUAGCCUGGAUGUAUUGAAGGCAUCUCUUUUGCUGCCAAAUCGGAAAGUCCGUUCUCUAAGGCCCGGGUUAACCAGACUAUAGGGUUUUAUUCUGGCUGCAGAAUAACUAACUGACUGCUGUGGCUUUGCAAAGAGGGGCAGAAAAAAAACUUAGAGAGGAGAGGGAGUACGUGAGUCGUCCAGUGCAAUCUCUAUUGUUUGAAACUUACUUUUUAUCAGAAUUUGAAGAUGAAAACGGUUAAAAAAUGGCCAUACUUCAGUAGCUAAUCAGCCUAAUGCUUUGCUUAUGAAAAUUUUUCCAUCAUUUUUUUUUCAUUUUGGAUUGAGAAAAUGAAUCCACAUAUAGAAGAAAGUAUGGGAUGUUGGAAAAAAGUACCUGCUAAACAGUGGAACAUCUAAUAACUAAUUUGCAAGAAGUUUUAAAGAAAUAAAAUUGUUAUGCUUCGAUUUUGGUAUGGUAUCGACUCUCUAGCACAUAGGUAGCCCUCCAAAAAAUCAUCCAGUUUUCUGAAUUAUGGAAAUUUUGUGGAAGACGUUGACCUGGAUUUUGAGCCUCUUCAUGGCUUCAUCGGAAUUUCAUAGUGACCACAGGCUUUCAUACAGUUCACAAGAGGAAUUCCUGACUUAUCUAGAACAUUACCAGCUAACUAUUCCAAUAAGGGUUGAUCAAAAUGGAGCUUUUCUCAGCUUUACUGUGAAAAAUGAUAAACACUCCAGAAGAAGACGGAGUAUGGACCCUAUCGAUCCACAGCAGGCAGUAUCUAAGUUAUUCUUUAAACUUUCAGCCUAUGGAAAGCACUUUCACCUAAACUUGACUCUCAACACAGAUUUUGUGUCCAAACACUUUACAGUAGAAUAUUGGGGGAAAGAUGGACCCCAGUGGAAACAUGAUUUUUUAGACAACUGCCAUUAUACAGGAUACUUGCAAGAUCAACGUAGUACAACCAAAGUGGCUUUAAGCAACUGUAUUGGGUUGCAUGGUGUUAUUGCUACAGAAGAUGAAGAAUACUUUAUUGAACCAUUAAAGAAUACCACAGAAGAUUCCAAACAUUUUAGUUAUGAAAAUGGUCAUCCUCAUGUUAUUUACAAAAAGUCUGCCCUUCAGCAGCAGCAUCUGUAUGAUCACUCUCACUGUGGGGUUUCAGACCUCAUAAAAAGUGACAAGCCUUGGUGGCUGAAUGACACAUCUGCUUUUCCUUCUUCACUACCAAUUAAUGGCACACAUGUCCGCCACAGACAGAAGAGAUCAGUAAGCACUGAGCGCUUUGUGGAGACAUUAGUCGUGGCAGACAGAAUGAUGGUGGGCUACCACGGCCGCAAAGACAUUGAACAUUACAUUUUGAGUGUGAUGAAUAUUGUUGCCAAACUUUACCGUGAUUCCAGCCUAGGAAACGUUGUGAAUAUUAUAGUGGCCCGCUUAAUUGUUCUCACAGAAGAUCAGCCAAACUUGGAGAUAAACCACCAUGCAGACAAGUCCCUCGAUAGCUUCUGUAAGUGGCAGAAAUCCAUUCUCUCCCACCAAAGUGAUGGAAACACCAUUCCAGACAAUGGGAUUGCCCACCACGAUAAUGCGGUUCUUAUUACUAGGUAUGAUAUCUGCACUUAUAAAAAUAAGCCCUGUGGAACACUAGGCUUGGCCUCUGUGGCUGGAAUGUGUGAGCCUGAGAGGAGCUGCAGCAUUAAUGAAGACAUUGGCCUGGGUUCAGCUUUUACCAUUGCACAUGAGAUUGGUCACAAUUUUGGUAUGAACCAUGAUGGAAUUGGAAAUUCUUGUGGGACGCAAGGCCACGAAGCAGCAAAACUUAUGGCAGCUCACAUUACUGCAAACACCAACCCUUUCUCCUGGUCCGCCUGCAGCCGAGACUACAUCACCAGCUUUCUGGAUUCAGGCCGUGGUACUUGCCUUGAUAAUGAGCCUCCCAAGCGUGACUUUCUUUAUCCAGCUGAGGCCCCAGGUCAGUUGUAUGACGCUGAUGAGCAAUGUCGUUUCCAGUAUGGAGCAACAUCCCGCCAGUGUAAAUAUGGGGAAGUGUGUAGAGAGCUCUGGUGUCUCAGCAAAAGCAACCGCUGUGUCACCAACAGUAUUCCCGCGGCCGAAGGAACACUCUGUCAAACUGGGAAUAUUGAAAAGGGGUGGUGUUAUCAGGGAGAUUGUGUUCCUUUUGGCACUUGGCCCCAGAGCAUAGAUGGGGGCUGGGGUCCCUGGUCACUAUGGGGAGAGUGCAGCAGGACCUGCGGGGGAGGCGUCUCCUCAUCCCUAAGACACUGUGACAGUCCAGCACCUUCAGGAGGUGGAAAAUAUUGCCUUGGGAAAAGGAAACGGUAUCGCUCCUGUAACACAGAUCCAUGUCCUUUGGGGGCCCAAGAUUUUCGAGAGAAACAGUGUGCAGACUUUGACAAUAUGCCUUUCCGUGGAAAAUAUUAUAACUGGAAACCCUAUACUGGAGGUGGGGUAAAACCUUGUGCAUUAAAUUGCCUGGCUGAAGGUUACAAUUUCUACACUGAACGUGCCCCUGCAGUGAUUGAUGGAACUCAGUGCAAUGCGGAUUCACUGGACAUCUGUAUCAAUGGAGAAUGCAAGCAUGUAGGUUGUGAUAAUAUUUUGGGAUCCGAUGCUAGGGAAGAUAGAUGUCGAGUCUGUGGAGGGGAUGGAAGCACAUGUGAUGCGAUUGAAGGGUUCUUCAAUGAUUCGUUGCCCAGAGGAGGCUACAUGGAAGUGGUGCAGAUACCAAGAGGCUCUGUUCAUAUUGAAAUCAGAGAAGUUGCCAUGUCAAAGAACUAUAUUGCCUUAAAAUCUGAAGAGGAUGAUUACUAUAUUAAUGGUGCCUGGACUAUUGACUGGCCUAGGAAGUUUGAUGUUGCGGGGACAGCUUUUCACUACAAGAGACCAACUGAUGGACCAGAGUCCUUGGAAGCUCUAGGUCCCACCUCAGGAAAUCUCAUUGUCAUGGUUCUGCUUCAGGAACAGAAUUUGGGAAUUAGGUAUAAGUUCAAUGUUCCCAUCACUCGGACUGGCAGUGGAGACAACGAAGUUGGCUCUACAUGGAAUCAUCAGCCUUGGUCAGAAUGUUCAGCUACUUGUGCUGGAGGUGUCCAAAGACAGGAGGUGGUCUGUAAAAGGUUGGAUGACAACUCCACUGUCCAGAACAAUUACUGUGACCCUGACAGUAAGCCACCUGAAAAUCAAAGAGCCUGCAAUACUGAGUCCUGCCCACCUGAGUGGUUCAUUGGGGACUGGCUGAAGUGCAGCAAGACAUGUGAUGGUGGAAUGCGCACAAGGGCCGUGCUCUGCAUCAGGAAGAUCGGGCCUUCAGAGGAGGAGACGCUGGACUCCAGUGGUUGUUUGACACACCGGCCUGUUGAAAAAGAGCCCUGCAACAGCCAGUCAUGCCCCCCUCAUUGGGUGGCUUUGGACUGGUCAGAAUGCACUCCUAAAUGUGGUCUAGGAUUCAAGCACCGGAUUGUUCUGUGCAAGAGCAGUGACCUCUCUAAAACAUUCCCAGCUGCACAAUGUCCGGAGAAGAGCAAACCCCCUGUCCGUAUCCGCUGCAGUCUGGGCCACUGCCCUCCCUCUCGCUGGGUGACAGGAGACUGGGGCCAGUGUUCUGCUCAAUGUGGCCUUGGACAGCAAAUGCGGACUGUGCAGUGUCUCUCCUACAUUGGACAGGCAUCUAGUGACUGUCCAGAAACUGUUCGGCCUCCAUCAAUGCAGCAGUGUGAAAGCAAAUGUGACAGUACCCCCAUUUCCAAUACUGAAGAGUGCAAAGAUGUGAACAAAGUGGCUUAUUGCCCACUGGUGCAGAAGUUCGAUUUCUGCAGUCGAGCGUACUUCAGGCAGAUAUGCUGUUACACCUGCCAAGGACACUGAGCCACAGCAAGUCAGAGAGCGAGCCUCAUUGCUUUGUCGUGGAAAUGCGUCCAUCAAAGGGAGCCGCCGUGAGGAAGAGGAUUGAUGUCCUUGCAGAUGCAUUACCCUGUGGAAAACGUAACCACUGGUCAGCCUCAGCUGACAGGAUUUCAAUAUUAUUUUAACUUCUGUGAAGUGGGAUUUAUUGAUCCAAAGUGCUGGACACGGUGUUAGGAGGGAACGCCAGAUUGGAGAGAUCCAGACAACACAGGGAGACUUGCUUACUGUGGAGCGUUUGCGUUCUUUUGAGUAAAUCCAAUAGCCUGUUUACCUCUUUGGACCAUUAAGAUAAUUUUUAUUAUGGACUUAGCAAUGACACUGAAUCCAUUUGUAUUUAAAACUGUUUAAAAUGUAGAUGUUAUGACUUGGUCAACCAUGGAAGUAAAGAAGAUUCAGAAAUCUUAAGUCAUAGCUUACAAACAUUUACUAUACUUUAUCUCACUGCAACAGCACCACAAUUUAAAUUCUAAAAUGGGCUUUGAACUGUAAUUUAAGGAGCAAUUAUAAAUCAAAAGUAAUGAGAGUUUGUAUCAUUUUUCUUCAUUCCAGUUAAUUUCCUUAGGAAUAAUCCCCCUGUUCUGAACACUGCUGUGAGCCACAUAUAAACUAUAUUAAGCUGAACAACAACGAAGGGCUUAGUUCCAAGCAGUGCCUCAGUUACUGCAGCUGUGCAAGUCUAUAAAUUCAGUGCUUAAAGACUAUGGCCAGCCUGCCCUUGUGCAUGUGAAGCUGAAAUUUCCAUUAAAACUUUAAGAGAAAACACUUCAAUUUCAUGCAGCAGCCAGACCUGGGGUAUGGUAGAGCCUGAAGUAUCAGGCCCUUUGCUACCAUCAUAUAGGAUGCCUCAAUUCUUAUUUGAGUCACCACAACUCACUUGUGUUUACAUCCGCACCAGCCACAAAACAGCUUCUGCCCCAUUAGAUUGGUGCGCGCAUGUUGAGCUUACUGAGAUGAUACCAUGCAAAGAUAGACUGGCUCAGUAUCAACCAGGCAGACCCUUUUGCUGACAGUUACGAUGGGUUCCAGAUGGCCCAUCUUUGAUACAGCAGAAGGGCAUUUAUUUAUAUGAGAGCAAGUGUGUGUAUGUGUGCAGGCGCUGUUGAGUGUAUGGGUAGAUGUGUGUGCUUGCACAGAAAUGUGCUACUUCUGUGAGUUUUAAAGUAGGCAAGGGAAAAACCAAAGAAGAAAAGCUUGUGAAGUCUAGAGAUCAUAAAGCAUACUUUUAAUAGUCACUCAACCAAGUAUUUUGUAUUUUUUAUGGAUACUCUGAAUGACAAUUAAAUGUGAAACCCAGUUUCUUGGGCAAGUCAAAAUCUAGAAUCAAAUUCACCUAAAUUGAAUUGACUAAUUCAUUUUCCCUAUCCCCAUGUUUUACAUCAUGCUUAUCAAAAGAUUCAACAGUGAGAUUAGUAGAAAGAAAAAAAAAAGAGAGGGUACUUGUUUAUAUUAGUAUUUUGUACUUGAACACUUGUAUCUUGCAGUGGGGACCUGUUGAAUGUGCUUUGUGCCCACACGUAUGUGCCCCAUGCUACGCCAAACUGCAGACUCAAACCAAAUGGGUACUUUGUAAGGAUACUACUUGCAGUUGAGCAAUAUGUGUGACUUAAAUCUAUUGCUAUGCUCUGAAACUACAUGUCAGGUAUAUCACGUAUACCAUGGCCUAACGUGCAUGAUUAGGAUUCUUCAGAAAGGAAAAGGCACUCACAGAUUUACAAAACCAACCUAGACUUCAGGUUUGCUAUGGACAGCCGGCACGGGAUCUUCUGCGCACUCCGCCCUGGUCAUCUGUAUCUCCUCACUUGCUUUCUCUCUCAACACCACAGCUCCCAUCCCUGAGCUUUCCAGAGAGGGCUGUUGACAAUACCCGUGAGUUGCCAGGUCUCCUAUCUCUGCUGCCCUCAGACCAGCCCAAGUGGUAUCUUAGCCAUCCAGGGAGGGGAAGGUAGCCCGUGAACAGCAUGGCCCCAGCACUGAACUCCCUUGGUGCCUUGCAAAGAGCAGUUAACUGGUGCCGAUGUGCCCUGGUGAAAUAAAUGAAAGAUGGUUUCCGUAGCAUUUUAGAUACAGUUUUGCUAAAUACAGGUUUGCUAUCAGGAUCUACUUCUCCAACAUAAAUAUCAGAUCAUGUUUGUAUUUCAGACAGAUUUCUCACAUUACUGACUAAAAUCUGUUUUUCACCUCACCUGGAAACUAGCAUUGUGAGGGCUGUCCCCCGCAGGCCUCAUGCAGCACCCCCGUUGGUGCUAGUGGUCCCUCCGGAGUGCGCACCAGCACUGAGACCAGAAGGCAGAGAGUCCCCAGGGGCCACAUCUGGAUUACCUUUCUAGAAGGAAUCAAACACAGACUGUAACAGGACUAAACAUUUUCAAUAGUCCCUGAAUUUAAAACUGAGUGGGAAAAAAAUCAUAUUCUACAGCACAUCACAUAGCCACUGCUACUCUGUAGUCAACAUGUGGCUACGUGAUACUUUAUUCCUAAAGAAUAACAAAACAAUCAUCAGUGGAGGUUGAGACUCCAAAAGUAGUGAGCUCUAACUUCUAUAGCUUUUCUUCUUCCUUCCUAAUUACAACCCUUAAAUAGAAUUCGUGCCUCAUAUCAAAUUUACCGAAUAUCAUAAUUCCUCCAAGUGGUAAAGAUACCUCAAGACAAAUGCUGGGCAUAGAAGCCACAGGGCAUAAAUCUGCAAAGAAGUAAAAAGCUAACCUUUUCAAACAAUAAGGCUUCUCUCUCACUUACCAACUUUACAUUUCCCUGUAUGGCCCCGGAAGAUGACUGGUUAGCCAGAGACGGGUAAGAUUCCUCAAGGGAGGAACAACCUAAGACAGGCACAGUCGCAGGGGGGCCAUCAGGUGAGAAAUUGGGGACCAACAAAGGGGAGGCUUAGAACCUCACCCCCCCCCCGUUUUGAGAGAAAUCUUCUGCAUCCGUGGAUGUUUUGUUGUCCUUGUCUAGCUUGGAUUAAUACUUAGUCUAUAGGCACACACCUGAUCAUCUACAUUUGCCCCCUUACAGCACUAAAUUAUGUUUUCUAUCUUUAUCUUGCAUCUACCUACCACUUCCGCAUUUUAUUAAAAAUAAUAAUAAUAAUAAUAAUAAGGGAGAAAUGUGGGAUUCACAUAUAAAUCAAGUAUAAAAAUCAAACAAAUAGUCAUAUCUGACUUGAUUGUUUAUAGUUCAUUAUGCGUGAUCAAAACUGAAAGUUUCUGUGAUAUGACUGCCCUUGCACUGUUCACCAUGUAAGAACUUAUUUACUAUGUAAGACCUUGUUCACCAUGUAAGAACUUGUUUGUUAUGCUUCAGAGGAUUGGAGACUGUUGAGACAGAGGCUUGGGGUUGAUUAAUGACUGUGCAUUGAGUCCCCUAUACAAAAUUUUAUUGUUGUUAACAACCAUUUGAUCAAUAAAUAUGAGAGAUGCCAUCUCAAAAAAAAAAAAAAGUAGUGAGCUCUACAGACUAAUUAAGGAACUCCAAGAAAACUGGUUACCCCAUGGCUUAGAGCAGUGUCUGCCACUGGCAUAAAGGCCUCCCAAAAAAGGAAAGGCAAACGUACCCAACCAAUUCAACCCCUUGAGAUACAUGAACUCCCCAGCCAGUCCAUUUUAUUAGGAAUUUUUUUGAGUGAAUGUUGCAUAGGUAUCCUUAAUAAUACAGAAUGAAAUUACCUUUGUAUUAUUGUGAUUAGUUGUUGCUUAUUAUUUUAUACUCAGUAUUAAUGUGGUACACUGUUAACAUUUUUUUUUGCUUUUGUAAAUUAUAUUCUAAUUUAUUGCCAUGUUUCCUAACACUUGUCCUACAUUCAUUCUCCUGCUUGUAAUGAAAAUGAAAGUCAUUGUAACACUUGAUGGAGUGAAAUUCCACACCAGGCACAGAUUUUUUUUAAUAUAGAUAAUUUAGUAAAAAUAAAAAUUCAGCUUGUAA